AUGGAUGAUAAGCUUCCAAGGGGAGAGGAAAUUUCAGCAAAACUUCUCAAAACAAUCGAAGAGUCAAUGGUUUUGGUUAUUGUGUUCUCUAAAAACUAUGCAGAGUCCAAAUGGUGUUUGGACGAACUUGUUAAGAUUGUUGAGUGUAUGGAAAUUGACCAAAUGGUUCUAUUUCGACCGAUUUUUUAUAACGUAGAACCAAGAGAAGUACGUAAUCAAUUGGGAAACUUUGGGAUAGCGCUAGCUAACCAUGAAAAGGAGUUCAAGGAUAACAUGGGGAAGAUGCAAAGGUGGAGGGAAGCCUUAAGUAAAGCAGCUAGUGUGUCUGGAUCGCAUUAUGAGAGAGGCUGCGCAACAUAUAAAUGUGAAUAUGACUUUAUCCAAGGAAUUGUUAAAGAAAUAUCAAGUGCUAUAUUUAAUCGGAGACCGUUAUAUGAUGCUAGCUACUUGGUUGGAGUAGAUUCUCGUGUAGAGGCCAUAAAGUCACUUUUAGAUAUUGAGUCGAAUGAAGUUCGCAUGUUAGGAAUUCAUGGACUUCCUGGAGUAGGUAAGACUACAAUUGCCAAUGUUGUUUAUAGCACAAUUGCUCAUCAUUUUGAAGGAAGCUGUUUUUUAGAGAAGGUUAGAGAAAAGUAUAUAAAUGGUAGCAUAAUACAACUCCAAGAGAAACUGCUUUCUAAGAUCUUACGAGAUAGCUAUUUGAAGGUAGAACGUGAAUCCGAAGGAACCAAUUUGAUAAAGGAGAGGAUUUGCUGUAAAAAGGUUCUUUUAGUUCUGGAUGAUGUGGAUAAUUUGGAACAAAUAGAAAAAUUGCUUGGAAAAUGUAACUGGUUUGCUUUAGGGAGUAGAGUCAUUAUAACAACAAGAGACAUACAAGUGCUAACCACUCUUCCAAGAAAUCAUCUAAUUUACAAGGUCGAAGAACUGAGUCCAUGUGAAGCUCGUGCUCUUUUCAAUACGCAUGCCUUCCACACAAAUGAACCCGAGGAAGAUUAUUCAAAACUUAUAGAGCAAAUUAUAUCUUAUGCUAAUGGACUUCCACUAGCUCUACAAGUAAUGGGUUCUGAUUUGUGUGGUAAAAGUAUAUGUAAAUGGAGAAGUGCAUUAGAAAUGUAUAAGAACAUUCAACAUGAAAAAAUUCAAGAGAUGCUCAAAAUAAGUUUUAUUGGAUUGAAUAAAAAAGAACAACAUAUUUUUCUUGAUAUUGCAUGCUUCUUUAAGGGAUUCAACAAGGAUUAUGUUGUAAAGAUAUUAGAUACUUGCAACUUAUAUCCAGAUAUUGGUAUUGGAAGGCUUAUUGAUAAAUGUCUCAUAACCGUUGACAAAUAUGGCACAUUGUGGAUGCAUGACUUGCUACAACAAAUGGGUAGAGAAAUAGUUCAAGAAGAAUCUGAAGAGCUUGAAAAUCGCAGCAGAAUAUGGUGUUAUGAGGAUGCUAAUAAAUUACUAACUGGUAAUAAGGGGUCGAAUAAAAUUCGAGGCAUAAUGUGGUGCGAACCUGAACCAAUAACAGUAUCAUUGAAAGCUUCAGCUUUCAAAAAGAUGGAAAAUCUCAAAUUUCUUAUAAUUAAUAAUGUACAAAAUUCCAAAAAACUUAAAUAUCUUUCCAAUGAAUUAAGAUUGUUUGAAUGGUCAGGAUAUCAUUUUUCCUUGCCAUCCAAAUGGUGUCCUCAAAAACUUGUUGGACUAAAGGUUUCGAAUAGUUGCAUCAAGUCAGCGAAAUUAUUCAAGCAGGGGUGCCAUUACAAAAAUUUGAAAAGUAUCGAUUUGAAUAGGUGUCAAUCCAUCACAAGAUUACCUGACUUAUGCGCUCCAAACUUAGAGACAUUGGACAUUUCAUUUUGUGAAAAUUUAAUUGAGAUUCAUGACUCUGUUGGACUUCUUGAUAAGCUUAAAGAUUGGGACCUCCAAGGCUGCACGAAUCUUCAAAUACUUCCAAGCACCCUCAAGUUGAAAUCUCUUAAAGUAUUUGAUCUAAGUAACUGCCUAAGGCUUGAGAAGUUUCCCAAUGUUCACCCUGAAAUGAAAUGUUUAAAUUAUUUAUUAUUGGAUAAUAGUAAUAUCAGAGAAUGGCCUUUAUCACUAAGAUAUCUCACCAAAGGGGUUAUCAAUUUAGAGCUAUCGAAGUGUGAAAACCUUGGGAAGGGGAAGUUUUUGGAUAGCACCAAUAAAUUGCAACUGCUUGAGGAAAUAGAUACCCCUACUGUCAACUCCUUUGAUAGUUUUUCGGGAUCUGGGUCUCUCAGCUUGACAAAUUCGCAUCUCGAUUGCUUUGGAGGAAAUAUAAUUGAUUUAGAUUUUUGGAUGAAGAAUGAUUACUUCCCGGCAUUGAGAUAUAUGCGUAUAGAUAACUCCAAUAUUGUUAGUAUCCCUAAAUGCAUUAGCAGAUUAUCUAGAUUAAAAAGGAUUUACAUAGAUAAUUGUAAGGAGCUUCGGGAAAUUCCAAGGCUUCCACAAUCUAUUAGACAUGUGGAUAUAAAGAAAUGCCCAUCAUUGCUUCCACAAUCAUCAAGUAGAUUAUUGAAUCAGUUUGGAAAAAUUCUAGGGAUUCUACCUAAUAGAGUCCGUGAAGGUGCAAGAAGCAACAUAUUAAUGGAUCUCUUUGACGAACCUCAAUCUGAAUCUGAUUCUGACUCUGAAAUUGAGUGUGCUUAUCUUUUACUACCACGAACUAAGAUUCCAAAGUCGUUCAAAUUCAACCAUCAGAGUUUUGGAAAUUCCAUAUCAUUCAGGGUUGGUUGCAAAUUUCCAAAAUUGGCUGUCUGCGUUGCUUUUCGUUCAGCGAAGACGCAUAUACGCAGACACUUUUACAGACAAUUUUAUGUUCACGUUUCCAUUAAUGGUUGUAAACAGAAAUUCUAUUUUCUACCCGCAGUAGAAAGAUGCGAGGAACUGUGGUUAUUUUCUAAAUCUCUUGGGCAACUGAAUAAACCAAAUCUAUCUGAACAGAAUCAGGUUGAGGUUGAGGUAAUGUGUCAAUUCCCGCACCACACUGUAUCUGGUACUCAUCACACUGAUUUUAUAAAAUGGUUCGGGGUGAAUGUAGAAUGCAUCUGCUGUCCUCAGAAAUCAGAUAUUACUUACUUGCCGCUUCCGAGUGACAGGAAUGGUUGUGGGUCAUCCUCAGUUUUGAAUGACACUAAGCUCCCUUCUUUUCAACCUGUUUUCCCCACUUCUUAUGGCUCAGUUAUGGAUUGCGGGGCUUUUAACAAUGAAGGAGAUUUAGGGAAUUAAAUGGAACCACCAAAUACCGGGUUUGAACCUGGUUUGAAGGGCUUUCUUGGUGAUUUGAAUGUGUCAUUAUCGGCCCCUAAUGACUCUCAGCUCCUUGUAUUGUUACCUCUUCCUUGUGGUCCAAAUAUGGAUCAUGAGGUUUCCAACACCGUAAAUGAUUUGAGGCUUUUGAGGGGCAUUCAUAAUGAUGGGUGCAAUUUGAGUUCGUCACUAAAUGACUCAGAUGAAAGAGAAAGUGAACCUCCUCUGCUCCCUGAUACGACAAAUGGGUUUGACUUCGGCUUUGGCCAGCCAAAUUUGUUGUUAGGCUCAAGUGUUAGUGGUGGGUUUCAUUUGGGUUCGUCUUCAAUGGCCCAUGCCAGUGUAAACGAUGAUUCUGAUUUUAAUAUGGGUACACCACCGAAGAAAGCGAGGACAUCUUGAUCACACUUCAAAGAAUUAUGCCUCUCUUUGUUUCCCUGAUUCCCAUCUGCUCCAAUGCCAAGUUAGUCCCUUUCACUACUUGGAAACAAUCAAGUAUCUGAAUUUCUGAGGACUUCAUCAAAUGAUUGGUGUGCAUGACAAUGGAAUUGCAGCUGGCAAGUGAUUCUAUUCAAUGCUUGUGAUCAUCAUUUCGUAAUUGGCUCAUAUAACUUCUUUGCUGGAACUGAGAUUCCAAAGUCGUUCAAAUUCAACCAUCAGAGUUUUGGAAAUUCUAUAUCAUUCAGGAGGUGGUACUCUGUUUUUUAGUGCUGCUACUUCAAGAGUUUUGGACUCUUUGGUGAACAAGGAUAGAACCUUGCUCUAAAUAUUUAUCAAGAAUGUGGGAAAUAGUCAAACUUUAUAACAUCAGCAAACUCAAUUCACUACAGAUUUUCAGAACACAAUAGUCAAUCCAAAGAGAAAUCUCCACUGGGAGUUUCAGCAAAAGGUACAUUCAACCAAAUUUAAUGAAAAAUCCCGUCAUCAGUCAAAAGAGAUAGAAUCGGAUGACAUUUUGUCAACAAUGGUUUUACUUUCUGCUGCUCCACCAGAUUCCAACGCCAAGAAUGUAAUUUUGUAAUCUUUUUAGGUUUUCAAAUAAUGUCAUUGAUUUCAAAUAUUUAUUUAGUUUCCAGUAGUAUCUAUAGUUGUGCUCUGAGGUUUUCAGUAGUAUCUCAAAUUGGAAUGUAUGGAAAAUUAUGAUACUAAAUCCAAAAAAAAAACCUCAGAGCAUGCGCGAAGUACAUGUGAUGACUGAUGAGGCUAGUUAUUAUUAUUUUUUUUU